AUGAUUGCCAGCAUCGAUAUCAAAACUGUUAACAUCGAAUAACAGGGUUUCUGUCUAAGUUGCAAAAAACUGACUGCAAAUGGAACUGUUCUUUAAAUUUAGAAUUUUGACGAUACACUCUACUCUCAACUCCAAGAUUACAGUUGGCGUAAGUCAGGCCAAUAAUUUUAUCAUUCCAAUCCCAAAAGUUGUUGCCAACAAGUCGUCUGUAAAAUAUCUGCUCUCCAAUACAAUUCACCAAAAAGAUGUAUAAAAGCUUUGAGAAAGAUAACUUAAGAGCAUUUCGACUUUGAACCAAUUAAACAAUCUAUAUAUAAUAAUUUAUUACAAUACGUCGAUUUGUCUCGUCCUUGUCGAGAAACCUUGUAAACAAGAUAGGCAUUCUAAGACUUUUUACUAGUAUUAUCAUAACGCUUAGAUUUUACUUCAUUAAAUAAAUUCGGAUUUAAAGAACAUCCACAUGAUGAACUCAAGAAACAUGUAGGUUCAUUGAAUACUGAGUUACAUAUGGAUGUGAAAGUGGAUAAAUAAAAUUAGUUACAUUUUAAGUGGCCCAGUGACUUUGUAGCUUUGUUAAAAAAGUAAAAAAAAAGUAGUUUAAUUGUGAUUGCUAAACCAGCAACCUACGAUUAAGAAGCUCAUCAAUUGUUCAAUGAUACUUAUUUUCAAGUUUCAAAACAAAGUUAUGAAAAGAUGUUUUGUGAUUCCCAAUCUCAAAUGAUCAAAUACUAUGCUUAUUCUUAAUUGGCAGGUGUCAGUUUUGUUGAAUUAAGAUCAAACUCCUUCCAUAGAUUGAGUUUUCAUUACACCUAACAGAUCAAAGAAAUAAAUAGAAUUGCCAUGGAUUACGAAAUAAAGUGGGCAUAAUAAUUAAAUCUAUAGAACUAUUAUUAUGUCAAAAAAAGUAGUAGGAGUGUAGACAACCAAGUUAUCAAUUAAACCAUUGAUAACAAUUUUCCAAUAGUCAGGGGAUAAAAAAUGAUACAGAUCAAGUAGCUGAGGUCUGUGUAUUAGAAGUAUCUUAUUGAACUGCUUACUAAAAUGAACUCGGUUAUGGGUCCAUAAUUAUUUAAACUUUUUAUAUAUAAAUAUGAUUGA